UUAACAAGCCCCGCCCCUCCGUCUACUUCCUGCAAUAUGAUUGAGCCAUGGAGAUGCCAGUCAGUGAGCCUGCAGCUUGCUGACUGCAGAUAAUACAGAGAUAGGUGCACGAGUAGAGGAGCUGUAAGUCUUACAUUUAACAUCAUCAGUAAUAAGCUUUUCCCCAUGAAGAAUGUACAAGACAUCCUAGUUCCAGGUAUAACUGCUUGAGUUAUCCACCUGAUUGUACAGGAAAUGGCCAACAGUACAAUCACCAUUUCCAGAGAGGAGCUAGCGGAACUUAAAGAAGCAUUUGAUAAAGUCGACGCUGACAAUAGUGGGUAUGUUAACGACUACGAACUCCAAGAAUUGUUCAAAGAGGCUAACCUCCCGCUGCCUGGCUACCGGGUACGAGAGAUUAUCGAGAAAAUAUUUGCAGCAGCUGACCGCAACAAAGACGGAAAGAUUGACUUUGAGGAGUUUGUGUUGUUGAUACAAGAUCUGAAAAGUAAAGAUGUGAGUCGAACAUUCCGAAAGUCAAUCAACAGGAGACAAGGGAUAACGGCGAUAGGAGGCACAUCUGCUAUUUCCAGCCAGGGAACACAGCAUUCCUAUUCAGAGGAAGAGAAAGUGGCUUUUGUUAACUGGAUAAAUAAAGCAUUAAAAGAUGAUCCACACUGUCAGCAUCUUCUGCCCAUGGACCCAUCCAACAACAGCCUCUUCACAUCACUACGAGAUGGCAUUUUGCUAUGCAAAAUGGUCAACUUAUCUCAACCAGACACCAUCGAUGAGAGAGCCAUAAACACAACAAGGCUGACACCAUUCACCAUUUCAGAAAAUAUUAAUCUAGCGCUGAAUUCAGCCUCUGCCAUCGGUUGCACAGUAGUGAAUAUCGGUGCACAAGAUUUAAAAGAAGGAAAACCACACUUGGUUUUGGGCCUGUUAUGGCAGAUUAUUAAAGCUGGAUUGUUUGCUGACAUUGAAAUCUCCAAGAAUGAAGCUCUUAUUGCGUUACUGAAGGACGGAGAAACACUGGAAGAUUUGAUGAAACUGUCACCCGAGGAGCUCCUUCUCCGCUGGGUGAAUUACCAUCUGACUAAUGCUCAAUGGCCAAAUAUAAGAAACUUCAGCGGAGAUAUUAAGGAUUCCAAAGCCUAUUUCUAUUUGCUGAGAGAGAUUGCUCCCAAAGAAGGUGUUUCCAUAGACUUUUCAGGAUUUAAUGAGCCUAAUGAUUUGAAGAGAGCAAAUUACAUGCUUAACCAAGCUGACAAAUUGGGCUGCAGACAGUUUGUGUCACCAUCAGAUGUGGUUUCUGGGAACCCUAAAUUGAACUUGGCUUUUGUUGCAAAUCUGUUUAAUAUGUACCCAGGUCUGAACAAUGCCAAUGGGUAUGAUUUCAUGGACCAAAUAGAAGAUUGCACCCUCUCUUAUGUAAUAGGAGAAACAAAUGAGGAGAGAACAUUCCGGAACUGGAUGAAUUCUCUAGGGGUGAAUCCAUACGUUAACCAUAUUUAUAGUGACAUGGGCGAUGCUCUAGUGAUCUUCCAGCUGUAUGAUCAGACACGAGUGCCUGUUGACUGGGGUCGUGUAAACAGGCCGCCAUUUUCAUCUCUUGGUGGGCAUAUGAGAAAGAUUGAGAACUGUAAUUAUGCCGUAGAGUUGGGAAGGAACAAGGCAAGAUUCUCCUUAGUGGGUAUAUGUGGUCACGACCUGCAUGAAGGGAACCGCACUCUCACUCUGGCCCUAGUCUGGCAGCUAAUGAGGAGGUACACACUAAAUGUGUUAUCUGACCUUGGAGAGGGGGAAAAGAUUGAUGACAGAACUAUCAUUAAGUGGGUAAAUGAAACUCUCAGUAGUGCAAACAAGAGCACAUUCAUCACCAGCUUCAAGGAUAAGUCCAUUAGCACGAGUCUGCCUGUCCUCGACUUAAUUGAUGCUAUUGCACCUAAAGCUGUCAAUGCCGAUAUGGUAAAAAGGGGAAAUAUUUCAGAAGUAGACAAACUGAACAAUGCAAAGUAUGCCAUUUCCAUCGCCAGAAAGAUCGGAGCCCGGAUUUACGCCCUGCCUGACGACCUGGUAGAAGUGAAACCAAAAAUGGUGAUGACAGUAUUUGCCUGUCUCAUGGGGAGAGGAAUGAACAAGCUAAAAUAAUGCAGAUAUCUUUCUCAUCCAUGUUUUAUUGCCAUGUUAGUAUGCAGAGUGCCUCAUAGGGAACAGAACUGUGCUGCUCAUCCAAUAUGAAAUACAACAAAAAUGAUAAAAUGUGUGUGUUAUGAUGGAAUAACUUUUCAUUCUUAUGAAAAAAUGUAAUAUUGUUGAAUAAUAUGUGCUUAUUAUACCAUGAUUUGUCAUAAUCUCAUGUGUUAUAUGGAAAUGAAAUAGACAUAUCGAAGUUGGCCACAUGCUUUCUUUGUGUCAGACACACCAACCGGUUGCCAAGGUAACAUAAGUGUGAAUUGGAUAUUUACCUCUUGUGCAGCACAGAAUGCAAGGUCCUCAGGUGUAUCUCAUUUUUGUGGUCAAACUCCCCCCCUCCAACCUAAAUUCCAAGGUCGGGGCAACUAACUUGUGGGGGCCCCCACCAAUAAAAUUGUCAAUAUGAUAUACUGGUGAUGGCAUUAAUAAGUAUAAUAUGUAAAUACUGCUAGCCCCGGAAAUGUGUUGAACACACUUUAGUGCCCCCAGUUCACAUUAUGCCACACAGAAGCCACAGUUCACAUUAUGCCACAGUGCUGCCCACGCUGGGGAUAUAGCUCUGUGUGGCCCUCGCCUACCCAUGUGAGGGGGCUCAUGGGCAAUUGUUCAUCUGGCAUUGUCUAACUCUAUUAAAUCUCAGGUAAUAUUCAUGACAAAAAUGAGAGUAGAUUGAUGGUGAAUGUUAAUUCUUUCCUCCAUUAUCCUCUGUAAAGAUACGUAGAACAUUGCUGUGCUACAGCCUUCCCUUCAAAAACACAUAUUGGUAUAAUCUUAACACAUAGUUGCCGACUUUUGGGCUGCUCUCUCCGGGAGAGAGCAGCCGGUCGGCUCAGCAGGGUGGAC